AUACAUUAUGAUGGUAAUAAACUUUAAGAUGGUUAUAUAUGUUUUCAAACAUCGAGAUUCUUAGAGAAAGGAAUACACAUAAAUUUGCUGAAUGAUGAACAUAAUGAACUAUUAUGAAAAUGUUUAUAAAUAAAAUAAGUCGGAAGUCAUCGGAAACAGUUUCCAAACAAAUCUCCUUUUGAUGGAUGUCGGUAAGUGCACACGUGGUCGCCAAACUUGAGUGAACCAUUGAGUGAAUCACAUAUCAAAGUGUUGUAUUUAUAUUUUCUUUCAAAGUGAUAUUUUUUCUUUAUGAGGCCAUUAACAGAAGAAGAAACCAAGCUGGUGUUUGAAAAACUCGCCAAAUAUAUUGGUGACAAUUUGAAACUGCUUAUUGAUCGACCUGAUGGCAACUAUUGCUUCAGACUGCAGAAGGAUCGGAUAUAUUACGUGAAGGAAAACAUAAUGAGGAAAGCAACUAAUGUUGCUAGGGAGAAUUUGAUCUCGCUUGGUACUUGUUUUGGUAAAAUGACAAAAUCUGGCAAGUUUCGUCUUCACAUUACAGCAUUGGAUUUUUUGGCUCCAUAUGCAAAGUUUAAAAUCUGGGUGAAGCCUGGAGCUGAACAAUCUUUUCUCUAUGGAAACCAUGUUGCCAAGUCUGGUCUUGGGCGCAUCACUGAAAACACAGAACAGUACCAAGGAGUUGUUGUCUAUUCAAUGAAUGAUUUGCCUCUGGGAUUUGGUGUAGCUGCAAGAUCAACUCAAGAUUGUCGGCAUGCCAGUCCAACAGACAUUGUUUGUUUCCAUCAGGCAGACAUUGGAGAGUAUAUAAGAUCUGAGGACACACUUACAUAAAAUGUCAACUGCAAACACCUGCAUCACAAUUCACUAAAUUAUCAUUGACUUUAAUCUGGUAGAAAAUGUGUUGCUUGAAUUUAUCUCAAUAUGCAUUGGCAUACAGGAGGCAUCAUUUCUCCGGUUGUAAAUAUUUUCCUAACUCACAUAGAAGGUGCCACCAUAUUUUAAAUCAACUAACCAUUGAUGCUUAAAAGUUGCCCAACUUUCAUAGGAGGCAGGGGGGAGCUACCCUAACAUUUUGACAGGGCAAGUCAUGAAUAGUAGGAAGAAUUUUUAUACAUAAGAAUCAUAAUCAGCUAAUAUAUUACUUUAAAAGUG